AUGGAAGAUUCUGAAACAGGAAGAAUACAUAAAAUCAGGGAUUCACAUCAUCAUCACCAUCAUCUUCUAUUAAACACCAAAUGUCAAUAUUUAUUCUCGUAUCAAAAUUCAAAAGAAAAUCAUUGCAUUCUCAUAAGAUUUCGAGAAGGAAAAUCUAAUAAGCAAUUCUCAUUGAAAUGA